CCCCAGUAGAUCUGUUUGCUGCCUACAACCUCUGAAGACAUAUAAUUACGACACUAUGGCAGGGAUUUUGUGUUCAGUGGUUCACAGGCCCCCAGGCAGGCUACAGACUGUGACAAAACGUGUGGAAUCUCUCAUGGGUACAGAUUGGAUUCGUCACAAAGUUACCAAAUCAAGAAUUCCAGAUAAAGUGUUUCAGCCUUCACCUGAAGAUCAUGAAAAGUAUGGUGGGGAUCCACAGCACCCUCAUAAACUACAUGUUGUUACCAGAAUAAAAAGUACAAUAAGACGACCAUAUUGGGGAAAAGAUGUAAUCAAGAUGCUUGGAUUAGAAAAAGCACACACUCCUCAAGUUCAUAAGAACAUCCCUUCAGUAAAUGCAAAGCUGAAAGUGGUUAAGCAUCUCGUAAGAAUCCAGCCUCUGAAGCUGCCUCAAGGACUUCCCACAGAAGAGAACAUGGCUAACACGUGCCUCAAGAGUACCAGGGAGUUAGUAGUGCAGUGGCAGCUGAAGCCUGUGGACACCUGUAAGCCCAGCACUCAGGGGGCAAAGGCAGAAGAAUCCUUGCAAAUUCAAGGACGGACCCAGGCUACAUAAUUCAAGACCAGCCUAAUAACAAAAGCCAGGAAGCAGUGCUCAAGGUGAGGAUCAGAGCUCCCCAAAAAUGAACCACAGCCAUCCUCAGUGACCAUGAGGUCCUAAGCUCCGCCUCCAAUUAGAACAGCCAAGUUCAUCAUGAAGGCCAGCAUAACAAGCGCCUCAGGAGUACCAACAGCCCUCUACGGCUUCCCUGCAGCUUCUCUUCCUCUCCAGUUCUACCACUUAUGCUGCUAAAACAGUCCUCAGAUGGGCCUCCCACACCCAGCACCAUGAUGGUUCGGUUCAGCUGGGUGCUACAAGCUGACCACCAGUCGGCAGUCCACCACAGGUCUGCUGAUACCUCAGCAGUUGUCAACUUUUCUUAGAAGUUGUUUUCUUAUGUAAGUGAAUUCCAUGAACUUUGAGGGACUUUAGUCCAUUUUGUAUUGUUGUAGCAAAAUACCUCAGCGUAGGGAUCCUUUGGUCUUACUGCAAACUUCUACCCAGGGAGACACAGCAACAGGAAUGAGAAAGAUAGACAAGAAGACAAAAGCUGGGCUAAGUGGUUGCUGGUCUGCGUGAUGGGCAAUACUAACUCAGCACACAACAAAACAAUCCUUUAUUUAUACUUUCGCAGAGUUUGUAACACAUGACAAGGUUGCCUAGCAACU